AUGUCAAGUAAUUCAAUAAAUGAUAUUGAAAUGGAUCACUUUGGUUCAAUGGUUGAUUACUUGGCAACAACAAGUGUUGGUCCAUGCAUCGGCUUCGUUGUUUUAUUAGAUGAUAAUCAACAUAUAUUUAUAGAACAUCGAAGCUCUGUAUACCUUCUACCCUCGAGCAAUUUGGAAACUAUACGUUUAUGUUCUCAAAAUGUUGUUAAACAUAUCUCUGAUGAAUUAGCAACAUCAAACAUAACGUAA